AUGGAGACUGGGUGCUCUGUCAUGGAGGAUCCAGAGCAGUUGGUGUUGAAAGACAUGAAAGAAGCUGAGGAUGGAGUCCAGACAGAGUUGGAGCAUGCUGAAAGUAGCAACUCCCGACCCGUGGCGGACAUGUCAGAUGAAUAUCGCUGCGCCAUGGCAGGAAGGGGCGCGCGCGAUGUCUUCAAGGAUGAUGAUGAUGAGGAGGAGGGCGGUUUCUUUCUCACAGGAACAGAUAUGGAGGAGAUCGUGCAGAAGGAAGCGAAUGGUGACAAGUCCGAGGAGGAUCAUGAAGAGGCAGUGGGAGGAAACGUCAGGAUCGAGGCAGUGGAAGAGGCCGAUGAGAGGGAGGAGGGAGGAGGUGAGCAGGAAGUCGCGGAGGACGAAGAGGGGGAGGAGUCGCCGAGUCAAAGGUUCAGGAGAAUGGAUGGUGUGGAGGAGGAGAAGGCAAGGGAGGACGAGGAGGACGAGGACGAGGAUCAAGACGGCGACAUCGAGUUUGUUGACUCUGAAGUCCGUCGACGCUUUCGGAACAUCAUCUUGCAGCGGGGGGUGGAGGAGACUGGAGAGGAGACAACUGCGAUGGAGCCCAGGGGAGACGAGGGAACACAGCUGGGAAAGACACAGGCACAAGACGCAGACUUGAUGGAGGAGGAGGAGGAGGAGGAGGAGACAGCGGGGGAGGAGAGGUAUGAGGAGAACAAGGCCAUGCAAGAGGAGCUGGAGGUGAGGAGGUCGAGGGUUGAGAGCAUUCACGGGGAGCUGGAAGAGUACGUGAGCUACUUGCACUCAAAGAAGCUGGAGGAGGAGGACGAGCCUCUUGUGACCUUCCCUGACAACUAUGCAGAGGUACUUGCGGACGAGGAGGCGAAGGUCAUCGAGAGCCAAGAAGGGUUUGCAACUGCAAGGGGGGACGGACUGGGCAGCUCAGGGGAACAUGCUGCAUCGUCGAUAGCAGAGAGCGAAGAGGAGGAGCAAGUGAACAAAGCACGGGAGAAGAUGAGACGUCUCGACAAACUUCUCGGUGAUAAACUCCGAGCCAGUCGGAGGAUCCGACUAGAGGGAGAAGCAUCUGCAAGUGCCGCGAGGAUCCUCGCCAAGUCGGAGGACGAGAGGGGGGCGCACGUGCGGGCCGAUUCUCGCGAUACUCAGCUGGAGGGGAGGCCGAGGAGCUCAGCUGCUGCCGUCAAGAGAGCGCUGAGCAGCAGGGAACGAGGUGGUGGAGAGCUGGAGAAGUUGACGGCCAAGUACGGGAGCAGGUUGGGGCUGACGGAGGAGCAAGACAAGCGGGUGGUAUGA